GGGGGUAGCGCGAGAGUGAGUGAGUGGCUGAGUGAGUUUACCCCUAUGAGGCGGUGAGAGGCCCGGGGCCUACCUCCGAGGAGCGGGGUCGCGGCGCCGCCUAGCAGCGGGCCCCCUCUGGUCCCCGGGCCCGGUGGAGUGGCGGCGACGGCUCGGUUGUGAGGAGGCAGGGAAGCGGGUGUCCGGGCCCCGCCAUGGAGGGCAUGGACGUGGACCUGGACCCUGAGCUGAUGCAAAAGUUCAGCUGUCUGGGCACCACCGACAAGGACGUGCUCAUCUCCGAGUUCCAGCGGCUGCUCGGUUUCCAGCUCAACCCGGCCGGCUGCGCCUUCUUCCUGGACAUGACCAACUGGAACUUACAAGCAGCAAUUGGCGCCUAUUAUGACUUUGAGAGCCCAAACAUCAGUGUACCCUCUAUGUCCUUUGUUGAAGAUGUCACCAUAGGCGAAGGGGAGUCGAUACCUCCUGAUACUCAGUUUGUAAAAACAUGGAGGAUCCAGAAUUCUGGAGCAGAGGUCUGGCCUCCAGGGGUUUGUCUUAAAUAUGUCGGGGGAGACCAAUUUGGACAUGUGAACAUGGUGAUGGUGAGAUCCCUAGAGCCCCAAGAGAUUGCAGAUGUCAGCGUCCAGAUGUGCAGCCCCAGCAGGGCAGGAAUGUAUCAGGGACAGUGGCGGAUGUGCACUGCUACAGGACUCUAUUACGGAGAUGUCAUCUGGGUGAUUCUCAGUGUGGAGGUGGGUGGACUUUUAGGAGUAACACAGCAGCUGUCAUCUUUUGAAACUGAGUUCAACACACAGCCGCAUCGCAAGGUAGAAGGAAACUUCAACCCAUUUGCCCCUCCCCAAAAGAACCGACAAUCAGAUGAAAACAACUUAAAAGACCCUGGGGGUUCCGGGUUCGACUCGAUCAGCAAAAACACAUGGGCUCCUGCUCCUGACCAAACCAAGCAAGAUCAGGACGGACUGUCACAGAACUCUGUAAAUCUGUCCCCCAGCAGUCACUCAAACAACUUAUCAGUAGUGACUUACAGUAAGGGGCUCCACGGGCCUUACCCCUUCGGCCAGUCUUAAACGGGUAUCAGCAAGAAGAAAAAUUAACAAAAGACAGAAGGCCCGACUUUGGGGGGGAGGGCAAGGGGUUCCUCUGGAUUCCAGAUCACAUCGCACGGACCCCUGGCUCUGACUCCCAUCCCAGAAGAAGAGGAAGCAGCAGAACAGACUAGUGUGGAGUGAACUCAGUAUGCAUGUGUGAAUGCCGGAUCGCAGGGAUGGUGUUGGGGCUACCAAGAAAUCCACACAGCCAGCCACCUUGGGUUUUGUUUAUUAGGUGUCAGUCUAAUAAGUCACUGGGGCAAUCAGGGAAGGGAAGAAGUUCUAAAUGGGGGAAAUAAGCCAUCUUUUUAAACAAAAUUAUUUUGCCUACAGAGGUUGUAGUUUUGAGCACAUUGAUUUUCCCCUACAGCCCCAUUUCAUUUUUAAUGAGGGUCAGAUGCUCUGUAGACUAGUGCGUGCUCCUGAAGUGGUUCAGCUCGACAGCCAGUGUGACACGUUGGGGGCUGUGGGUCAGUGCCACAGGGCUCCAGCGGGCUGGCCCCAUUUGUUUCUGGUGGCAUCAGCUGCUAAGUCUGCCCUUCCUCCUCUCUUCUUUGUAAUCUUCUGUUGAGUUACGCCUUUGACAUUUGUAUUUGUCAGCCCUGUGGCUUGUUAGCACCAGAACCUCUCUGAAGACCAACUUCCCUGUGUGGCCUACAGAGGAAGCCUUGAGGACAGGCCUCGGUGCCGUGGGAGCUUCCAAGGCUGUGCGCGCCUGUGACCGUUGGGUCGCUCUCCUGGUGUUUUGUGGCAGGCGGAGCACUGUCGUGCUGCCAUCCGUUCUCCGUGCAGCUGCUCCCCGCUCACGGAGAGUGGCUCUGCCGCUUGCUCGGGGGAGAUGUGCGUGCCUGUGCCGCACAGGGAGGCGGCUGCAGCUCACCAGCAAGUGUGCAGCAGGCCAGGGAGGGGCAUCCAUGCUGCUCUGUGUCACGUAACUCCCUGCCUUGUUUCCCUGCAGUUGUUCUUUGUGGUGUUUUCACAGCCUGUUGGUGGAGGCUGAGCUAUUAAGAUAUGAAGUUGCAGCCCCAAACCAGGAAUUUGUCAUGGAGCAGGGCCACAGUCACUGACUACUUGAUCUUGGAGACCACAUUUAGGUGGGAGGGAGAGCCCCUCACCCCAGCAGGAAGCUUGGGCCCGGAUGAGGAGGUGGGCGAGGGGCAGCCCUGCUGGAGCAGAGGUGCUCUGCUCUCGCGCAGGUGGCCCUGCUGGUAUCCUGUGAAUUCCAGCAGGUCAAGAUGUGGUGGUCUCCAUGGGAAGCUUGAACCAGGCUAGCACAGCUGUCUGCCAAAGAUACAAGAAUAUGCAAAGUCCCUCUUCUCAGCCCCCUCCUUCCCUCGAGUCUUGGUUGGUUUGAGAGCCAGGGGUGUGCCUCGAGGGUGCAGUUGUGGGGUCCCCUGCCUGUGACCACACCCCUAUCUGCACUGGGGUUGGGGGUGAGAAAAGUAGGGGUUCCAGGGGAUGAGUGGCUGUAAGGGGUCCUAUAGCCUGGGUGUGGUGAGGGUCUGCCUGCCUGUCUGUCACUGUGUGGGUGUCUGAGUUCCGAAGUGUGUGGUGUUCCUCAUCUCCUCCGAGACUCUUUGUUUUUAAAUGCUUGAUUGUGGGCAAGAAGCUUGUAUGAAGUUUCCCCUUCACUUCUCCUUUUCCCAAAAAUCUUCAAUUCGCUCCAGAAGCCUUGGAGAAGAGUGGAGCUCAUCACGGGGAAGGGCCUGCAGCUGGGACUGGCCUAGGUGUCCUUGGAGCGCCUACUUUCUAUGCACACAGUACCCCACUCCCUAGCAGAGCCGAGGGGAGUCCUUUCUGGGUGCUGCACCACAGGUCUCAGGAUGGCUUUCUGUCUCAAAGCCUUCUUAGACCCAGGCUGCUGCUGCUGCUGGUGCCAAUCUCUGGGACACUGCCACCCUGGAGUGCACACAUGCCCCUCCAUUCCUGCUUGCCAGCCUUGAAGCAGGUUGUCUCCAGCUGCCUCUGGCAGAAUCCUGGGCAGCUUCACACCCUCUGCUUUCCUGCUUUCCUUCCCUGUCUGCCUACACUAGGUGUCCUGUCCCAGGUUCCCAGCAAAGGCUUCAUGUAAGUCCAGACCUGCUGGAGCCAUCCCACUCCUCUUGCUUGUAGGCAUCCUCGCCUGACAAGUUGUAGGUACCUUGGCUUCCUUCCCAAGGAAAACCAAUUUCUGUGCACAUCCUCUGAGAGGUGAAUUUUUCUACAGAAGGCCAGAGCAGGUGCAGGCUUUGAGUGGUGGCUUCGCCAGGGUCAGAGGAGGGCACUGGUACCAUCAUUCUCCCUUUAAUGCAAGGUCUGAGCAAUGCCUGAUGCCUCUUCUCCCCUAUGUAGUAGGAUGGCAGAGGCUCUCUCUCAGCCCCAGGAGUCCCUGCUCCUCAGAAUCCUCAAGCGCAGCAGUCCACCUUUGGGCAGGAUGCCAGCAUCUGGCACCCACAAAGUGGGCCAGCCACUGUCUUUGGGUGAGGGGCCCUAAGCCUGGCUGGGGUUAUGGAGGAGUGCAGUCUGGGGAAGAAGCGGUCUGGAGUGAGGGGCGUGUGUGUGAAUGUGUGUGCACGUGUGCAUGCCUUUUUUCUUUUUGCUGUGGGGACAGUUGAAUUUGGGGCAUUUUUCUGCAAGAAACAGCUUCUUUCCUAGUGAGGACUGGCUAUAGCCCGUAGCCCAUCAAAGACAUGUCCUGCCUGGAGAGAACUCACAGAGC